AUGACAGGACACGCAUUCGCGAUGAAUGACCGUAAGCACGGUCUCCAACCGGAGCCAAUGAGCACCAGCAUUAUGAUGCCACCCUCGGCAUCUAUGGGUGGAAUCGAGACGUUGCCAUUGAGACAAGAUCGAAUGAGCGAGCAGAUGGUCCGGGAGGCAAUAGAGCUUUCCGCCUCAACAAACACGGAGUUACUAGUUGAGUUGGCCGCAACCGCAGAUGCUCCAGGUCGACUAAACAACCUUGAAACACAAUUGAGCCAUACGGAGCUUCGUGUUGCGCAGCUAAAUGUGGAGCUUGACAAUAUCGCUACACACGCGAACCGCCAACUUCAAAGUCACAGAAGCUAUCGCGAUUCAGCCGCACGAAGAUUGGCAUACAUUAUAUUAAGAAAGAAAAACGUCUUCGAUAAACAAGCCGCAGAUGAGGAAAAGGCGUACCACGUUGUACUGAAGAAGAGAUUUGAGGUUGAGAGACAACUUGAGCAAAUCAAAGCAAAUCAGGAGGCCGUUGUAGACGACAUUCAGGUGAUCAAGGAGCUCGCGGAUCGCCACGGCAAAGCACACGAGCUGAUUGACGAACUUUACGCAUCAAUAUUCAACGACCAUACCCCGGGUCAUCCGGACGAAGACAAACAAGAAGCGAAGUAUAAGGUGGCGGAAAGGCAUCACACGGAGGCCAUGGAACGUUUAAGAGCGAUCGUGCUAACGGCCAAUACCGUAAGACCUGCGAGCAAAAAGUUAAAAAAUGCAAUCAUCUUCCAAGAGUUGGCAUCAAAGGAGUCUCAUUCUACGCUAUGCUCAUUGCGUCUGGUGAAGACGUACAUGGGUCAAAGUGCAUUGUAUAUUCCGACGAGACCCGAGUCUAGCAGGCAGUCCAAUGAACAAGCACCUUCGGUUUCGGAUCACGAGUCAUUAGCGGCCGAGGAACGCUUCUAUGCAAUUAUAGAUUCCGCAAAGUCUAUCUCGCAGCAAGACAUUAAAUCUAAAGACCAAGCGAUUCAGGUGGCAGACAGCACUGGCUCGAUGCUCAAGCAGGCUCUUGUGUGUCAUGAGGCUUACAUGAAACAGAUGAUUGCGUCUCGUGAUGGUUUGAGAGCGGUUGUUAGAGGAACUGCACGAUCAUUGGAAGAUGAACGACAAGCACUGCAUCAAAUUCGCCAGAGAGCAUUCGAAAUCACAGUUGGAUUCGGUGCCGCAGCCCCGGCGUACCAUGAGUGUUGCGAUCGAGCCGCCUCUUUUGAGGAAGAAUCGAAUCAGCUGUGUGAAGUCUCUUAG